UUUGUCUGUCUGUCUGGUCCCGCCUGUGCACCGCCCGCUCUGCAGGAGCAGCCUGGCUCCCUUCGUUUUGUUUGGCCCUGAGACGAGUCCCGGGGGGUUGCUGUCAUUUCAGAUCCCUUGUACGUGUUGUCCAGCGAAAAGGACCAUGCCCAGGCAAAGGUCCAGGCUCAUCUCACCUAUGACAGGACGAAAAAGGAGCCGAUUUUUAAAACUAUGUUUAGCAGCCUGAUCCAUUAUCCCUGGUACAAUCUGCGUUUGGAAGAAAAAUACCCCGUGCCCCCAUUUAUUGACCGAAGAUGGAGAGGCAGGGCCCAGCAGCGUCUAGAGGCUCUGCAGCAGCUUUCUAGAUCUCAACCUUCUCUUCAGAUUCCUCAGAUUGUGUAUGAAGAUCCUGAAAUUAAUGGAAGGAACCGCUACAAGUAUUUUGAACGACCUUUCAUCCCCUUUCAUAAGCCAUUUCCAUUAAACGUUGCUUAUGCAGUGGCAAAAACAGAGCCAUAUGUUUACCCAUCCAUCACCAGUGACAGAUCACGAUCCCCCACAUCACGAACUCUGGGUACACAGACAGAUUACCGGGAUGGUGAAGCUCAGACGGACCCGUAUUCCCCAGAAUAUGUAGUACCUCUGGGUUCAAUCCCUGAACUGUUGACACUUGCUACUCUCACUUGGGGAAGAGGUCUUCCAGCAGGCCAAGCUGAGGUGGAGAUGAUUGAACGUGCCCGGGAGAAACGUGCCUGGGAAGCAACGCUUCCACCACUUAGUGAUUUCUCACAAAUUGAAAAGAGAAGGAAGAUGAUGGAUGAUAUGGAGAGGAAGGAAUGGGCCUUUAGAGAACAGGAAAUAGAAAAAUUGCAAGAUGUUCGACUAGAAGUUUUAAAGAAGCUUUUGAGGAGACGAGAAGAGGAUCAGAAUGAGGUGGAUAUCAAUCGCUUGGAUGCUCACUGGUUUAACCGUCAGCGAGAUAAAGAAGAGAGAGUACAAAAAAUUAAACAUGAAUAUAUAAAAGCAAUGAGAAAGCUGAUAACUAAGGGGAAGAAUGUGGAGGGGAAGUUUGAGAGACGAGAUAUCAUCAGGGACUAUACCGAUUAUGCAUCGCAGCCUUAUGGACCUCUGUCUAGAAUUGGUUACUUUCCGGACAACCAUUCUGAACGUUAUUUAGUAAAAAACCGCUUUCUUAACACCUAUGAGGGGUUGCUGGAACUGGAGGCAUCUCUCCCAGACUCUGUAACUCAGCCCCAGACCAAAGCUCCGAAACCCAAGGCCAUCACUACUAAAGAAGGGUUUAUUAAGCGGACUGCUAGACUAGAUAUGGAACUGGCGCAGGUUCACCAGGCACUGCUAGAUAAGAAGAAUAAAGUUAAGGAGCCAAAGAAACCCCUUCGUUUUCUUCAGAAGAUAACAAAACUUGUUCCUCGGCCCCUAACUCCAACACUGCCAAGCCCAUCACUUAGAGAAGAGGAGUUCGAACUGGCAGUGAUCUUUUUGCAGAAGUUAAUCCGAGGCAGAGCUAUUCAGAACAUGAUGUUUGAAGGCAAAGAGAAGCGAUUGGAACUGAUCCGGGAACUGCGCACCACUCAUGCUCUUCAGGAGGAUGGGAAGCUGCUUAAGAGGGCAGAGAAGCAAGUCACAUUGGCCUUACAGCGACAACGCGACUUGCAUGAGCACAAGCUGUCACUGGUUGAAAAUCACUUGGCUCGGAUAGAAGGGAGGGCAUUAGUGAACAUGUUCGAUUUCCUGUCCAAAGAACUGGUGAGGCUUCAAGAAGAAAGGAAGAUCCAUGCUUUUGCCAUGCUGGCUGAGAGGCAACGGCGCAUCAGGGAAGCCGAGGAGAGUGGGCGCCGCCAGGUAGAAGAGAGACGUCGACGAGAAGAGGAUGAGAUCUUCAAACAGGUGGUUAAAGUGCACCAGAGUACUGUUGAUUCUUACCUGGAAGAUGUUAUUCUGAACAGCAUGGAGAACACAGCUGAAGAAAAAGCCAGGGAAGAGAUUCAGAAGGUGGCUGUGGAAAUCAAUGACAUCGCUUAUGAAAUGGAAAGCUGCCGAACUCACCUGCAAUCAGAAGAGAUUGUAGCAGAGUUGGUUUAUGGCUUCCUGAUACCUGAAGUUCAGAAAAUAGCUGUCAAGGAGAAAGUGAGGCAGUCUCAGCGGAAACACAUCAGUGCUGCUCAUCAGAUCAUUCACAGAAGCACAGACAUAGCAGUGGCUCAGAACUCUUCAGUGGAGGGACAGCAGGCACUGGGUAAUGGGGAAUCUGUGACCAAGACGCCAGGGAGUCCUCCUCCUGUCGCAGCCAGUUCUGCUGUCCAUGGAACAGCUGCUGAAGAGAGUGCGGCCGAAGUUACAGAGAGUUCUUAUGCUGUGCUCACCAGCCAAGUACAAUAUGAAACAGUGCAUGUAGAGACCCAGGCUGCUGUAGCCCCUGCAAAGAGAGAGGAGUCAGGGGGAGAAUAAAAGAGAAAUGAAAGAAUGACUUGGCUAAAUGUGCUUUGAAGAAGGAAAGCGGCUCAGCAACAAGGAGCAUGAGACCUCCUCCAUUUCUUCCGCAAAGAGGGGAAGAGAAGUCUUUGGGGAUGAUUUUUGUAUCUGAAAUACACUUAAUAGAUUUCUCCUGGUCUGCAGGAAUAAAGAUUGGGAAUAUUCUCUC